GAAGAGGAGGAACCUGAUGGAUGGACGACUGGAGUUUCCCUUGCGGUCUAGAGAUUAAUGGAAGGGGUCUGUUGAUCUGAAGAAUCGACUAUCAGGUGGUCGGUCCCAGGAAACCAUUUCAGCUGACGGCUGGUUUAUAAACGAUUGGAGAUGUAUCAACUUGAAUGACCGAUAGCGGAAUAAAGAGUUAGCUGGAUACAUUUUUUUGUUAUCCAGGCUCCAACUGACAAGGCCUGCCAACACAGAGAUAGCACCUGGUUAGUUCAGGCCAGAAUUUGAUAGCAAGGGACGCUGGGAGCUAAUGUUAGCUUGCCAGUUGGAGACACGGAAACAUCUUUCGACGAUCUGUCUGAACUGGAUUUUGGGAAAAACAUCACUGUCCAUGGAAAUAAAGGACAGUUGAAUGACAUCAGGAAUUGUUGGUACUUGCUUGGAAAUUGAAGAGCUACCGUUAGCAAGCUGAUCAUCGCUGUCUAUCUCUGCUGGCUAACGUGCUAGUCAAGCUAACAGAGCGUCAGUGCUAGACUGUCAGCUGCAGACUUGGAUACACUCACUUGGUUGGAGUUUACCAGAUUUGCAGCUGAAAAGUAUUGGCGCAUAUUUAUUGCUUUUGUUUGCCAAUAAUGAUAACUGUUAGCUAGUAGUUAGCUGUCAGCUCUAUUGAAUUUAGCGUCUGCGUUAGCGUUGUAGGAUCACACAACGACUUGUGAAGGAAAACUUAUUCCGUGCCGCCCAGGGACUCCACCAUCAGUCUGCCAUCAUGGGCAACACGCCCACCGCAAAGAAGGGCAAUGAAAUGGAAAGUGUGAAGGAGUUUCUUGCCAAAGCCAAAGAGGAUUUCCUUAAAAAAUGGGAGAAUCCAGCACAGCAAACUGCAGCAUUGGACCAUUUUGAGCGUUUGAAGACCUUAGGCACUGGUUCCUUUGGCAGGGUCAUGUUGGUUAAACACAAAGAGACAGGCCAGCAUUUUGCAAUGAAGAUACUUGACAAACAGAAGGUGGUAAAGCUGAAGCAGAUAGAACACACACUGAAUGAGAAACGUAUCCUGCAAGCGGUCAGCUUUCCCUUUCUGGUGCGACUGGAGCACUCUUUUAAGGAUAACAGUAAUCUGUAUAUGGUGAUGGAGUAUGUGCCUGGGGGUGAAAUGUUCUCACACUUAAGGAGGAUUGGUAGAUUCAGUGAACCACAUGCCCGCUUCUACGCAGCCCAGAUUGUACUGACCUUUGAAUACCUUCAUUCACUGGAUCUCAUCUACCGAGAUCUAAAGCCAGAGAACUUGCUCAUUGACCAGCAAGGUUAUAUCCAGGUAACAGAUUUUGGAUUUGCAAAAAGGGUGAAAGGCCGGACCUGGACGCUUUGCGGGACUCCAGAGUACCUGGCACCAGAGAUCAUCCUCAGUAAAGGUUACAAUAAAGCAGUGGACUGGUGGGCUCUGGGUGUUCUGAUAUAUGAGAUGGCUGCUGGUUAUCCUCCCUUUUUUGCAGACCAGCCCAUUCAGAUUUACGAAAAGAUUGUAUCAGGAAAGGUUCGCUUCCCAUCACACUUCAGCUCAGACCUGAAGGAUCUGUUGAGAAAUUUGCUGCAGGUGGACCUGACCAAGCGCUUUGGCAACCUCAGGAAUGGAGUCAAUGAUAUCAAGGGCCACAAGUGGUUCGCCACCACUGAUUGGAUUGCUAUCUACCAGAGAAAGGUGGAAGCUCCCUUUAUCCCCAAGUGCAAAGGCCCUGGCGACACAAGCAACUUUGAUGACUAUGAGGAAGAGGAAAUCAGAGUCUCCUUCACAGAGAAGUGUGCAAAGGAGUUUGCUGAGUUCUAGAUUUGAACCAUGAGUAGCGGAGAGAAAGAGAGAGACAGAGAUUUAGAAAGUUAAAGGGGAUCUGAAUGCAGGAAGCACUAGGGUGGACUGAUAACUUUCUUAUUUGUGAUGAGGAAAAAAUGUAAAAUCCCCCCAAAUGGAAAGAGCAAAGUAAAGAAAGAUCUACAGAACCAGCAGUGUUGCCUUUUCUGAUUGUUUCUCAGCUGUCACCUGUUCAUUUUUUUUCCCCUUUUUUAAAAAAAAAAAAAAAAUAAAUCCCUCUUGUGUUUUUGACAGGGGCUCAACAAGAACAAACAUGGGUUGUAGCUGUUCAGCUAGAAUUGUUUUUCUGAUCGUAUAAUGACACGUUUUCAGUCUAUGAAGGUUGAGGCAUUGAUUUUUUUCUGUGAAGGUACUGAAUCUGUUAGGCUCCUUUUUGAAUUGGCCCACUCUACAAGCUUCUCCAGUGAUUGUAGAGUGACUGUUGUUUCCUGUCGGUCUAGUUCCCUCUCCAUCUCUCCAUCCUGAAUCUGUCCAAGCAAUACCAAGUCCAACAGAUGUGCCUAUCAUAAUGCCGACUGGUUGGAAAACUGUGUCGAAUAUGUUGGUGCAGAGUUUUGGCUGUGAUGGCAUCGGCCCUUUUGGUUGAACGCUUGAAAACGUUCUACACCUGCCUUUGUCUGCUAAGUGCGGCAUGAUUAAUUGGGUAGAUGAUGCACUCUACUGCUAGCGUUUUAAGCAGUGGUGAUCUCUUGGAUCAGAGAAAUCAGAAAAUGAUUUAUUGCAGUAAACUUCGUCUAGGUCUUGCUCUUUGGAGACCUGUGAGAAGUAAAUGUGGGUUCUGCAUUUAAAGUCUUUCUCUUAGCUGAAUUUAUUAGAGCAUUUUUAAAAAAAAAAUCCUAUCGGUGAUCAUUUUGUCCUUUUUUUUUAAAUGUCAAUCUCUGUGCUUGUGUGUUAUUUAGUGCUGAAGGGUGGGUUAAUAAGCUGUCGUUUAGCAGCUGCUAACAUUGUGGUCACACUCCUGACUAUUGUUUAUUUAAUUCAUAGUGCAUUUAUAUUGAUAUAUAUAUAUAUAUAUAUAUAUAUAUAUGAUAGAGAACAAGAAAUAUCCAUCUUUUUCGGCAUUCUCUCAUAGCUGUGAAACUGAACUAAGACUUCAUAAAUAAAUAUAUAAAUUCUGCCAAAUUUGCAGACAGAACAUUGCUGUUAUCUCUAUGAAACUGAUGGUGGCGGAUUUUAAUACACAAAACGGUAGCAAAAUGUUUCAACAACAUGUGCAUGUUAUUUUUGUACAAUAUCACUUUUAAAGAAAGAUGGCAGAGCAUUGUGUUUGAUCUGAGCUGAGGUACCUGAGGUUGUGGAUAAUGUUGAGAUGGACACUCACUGCAAAGGUUUGCAGAUAUUUGUAACUGAACUUGACCCCCUCACCCGACCCCAUUCUCUUUUAAUGCUCCUAACUUGUCACACAGAUUUUCAGUCCAACCAAAUUUUAGGGGACUGUUUCCUGGUUGGUUUCCUUUUUCCCAGCUUUCAAUGUAACAUAUUAAACUAAAGAAGCUCUCCUAAAGCUGCCCCCUUCCCUCCUUUUUUUGCCAAGUUUAUUUCUGUGGAUGCAAGACAAUCGCAGACCAAAUCUUAUUGCUGGUUUGUUGACUGAACACAUUGUUUUUGGACUGAAGGAUGUAAGCUUUUCACCCACCCACCCUCCACCGGCCCUAGGUGCUAGACUUUGUCCAUCUCACUGACAAGCUUCUGUUUGAUGUGCAUCAAUCUAUUUGUCAGAGUCACAGGACAUUUUUUAGAAUGUUUUUGACUAAAAGAUUUCAGUAGGCUUGAGUAAUUCUUUUGGCAGUGUCUUAAUGUAAUCGAGAUCAAACACAGGAAACCUUUUUGAAUGUUUUGAAAUGCAGAUGUUUCAAUGCUGUUUGGGAACAUGAUGUGUAUUUUUGUAAUACAUGCUUCUUUGGUGAGCUUGGUUUUUCUUGCAUGUGGUAAAAGAAGGCCAAUGGCAAGACUUCCACCAGACCUGAGACACAUUUUUAGAAAUCAUUGUUUCCAGAGCUAGUGGUCUUAUUACUGUUUUGACAUUUUAUGAUUUAAUAUUUUCUUGGAUAAUCACACUAAACGGUGCAGUGGAUCACCAACCAAUAGAUUUUUUUGAAAACAGUGAAGCACAUGCCGCACCUUUUCAAAUCUAUUUAAUUCAUUUGAGCUAAUUCUUUCAAACUUUUAAAAUAUACUUUAGUAAGAGCACAUGUAAUAUCUUUUCGUCUUUGUCCUGGAAAAUGAUAUAACAAGAGUUUGAGGGUAAAAGCCAGCCCGACUUGAUCCACUUCAGACACUGAAAACUUUUAAGUUACUAUGUUUCCCGUGAAAAACGUACAUCAGAUGUCUAAUUAUUUUUUUUCUAUCAGCUUCACAGUAUCAACUGCUCUGUGCAACAUUAACUUUGUCUCCUGUUUGCCUUCUAUUUUAAUCAAGGUUCCACACUUUAUUCAGACAUUAACACUUUUUACAUCUGAGAUGUUUUGCGUUCAUAUUUUCUAAUUGUAUUUUCAAAAAAAAGGAGGAAAAAAUAAGCAAAAACAGAACAUUAAUCUUUUUCCUCAUGACCUGGGUACAGUGCUUGUGUAGUCUAUUGUACCUUUUGGGAAACAAUACUGUAUAUCCUUGCCUUUGACAGUCUUAACUAUCUUACCCUCUGGAGAACUUGACAGAUACCCUUAGAACACAAUGAGUAUGUUGGAAAAAUAUAAACAAAUAUUUUGCAAAAUGUAUCAUUCCAAUAAAGUUUUACUUGUUAAGACUA